AGUAUGUUCUCUUUCUAUCUUGAAGAUCUGUUAUGUAAAAUUUUGGCUUCUAACUUGUCAUGGCAUGCUAUUGCAUCAUGGACAUGGGAUGCUCAGGAUGAAACAUGUGGGAUUUGUAGGAUGGCUUUUGAUGGCUGUUGCCCAGACUGUAAACAUCCCGGGGAUGACUGCCCUUUGAUUUGGGGUGCAUGCAAUCAUGCUUUUCAUUUGCACUGUAUACUGAAAUGGGUGAAUUCUCAGACUUCACAAGCUCAUUGCCCAAUGUGCCGUCGGGAAUGGCAGUUUAAAGAAUGAGAGAAUGAUUUAUACACUUUGAACUUUGUGUCUCUCAUCAGCCUAUAGUUUUAGAUACUGCGAUAUUAAAAAAUGGUUGUAGCAACCAUUGUUAAAGAACAACAUUGAAUGAGUGAGAUCAAGUGGAACUCUUGUUAGUUUAAGGAUUUUCUUUUCUUUUCUUUUUGUUUUUUUUUUGGGUGAAAAGUAGUUUCACAUUUUUAAUUUGAGUAGUAUUUGUUAUUUGUAAUAACAAAGCUAGAAGAACCAGUGUCCAAUAUGUUUCUAUGUUUGUCACAUGCUAUUUUCUGACCAAAAGAAGGGGAAAAAAGUCACAUGCUAUUGAUGAACA